GGGAAUGUCCGCGUGUGGCUCAGACACCGGCUCCUGCAUCACGGACCCACACCGGGACACGGAAUAUAACACAGCGGUUUCUUUGGCCGCCUCCCACUGUGAACUUGGAUCUACCCCCUUGUAGCCUUGUAGCCUCACCCCCCACUGUGACGCCCACUGGGAGGUCUGGAGCUUCGCCUGACGGCCUGUGGUCAGCACUGGACGUCGGCCAUGGACACAUACGUGGUGUUUCUGACUCUGCUGCUGCCGAGCAUCAGAGCAGCUUGUCCAGAUCAGGAACCCGGACUUCAGCCCUGGAUCCCGGGUCACAGUGAAGACCACCGGGUCACCAUUGGCUUCGGUAGGAAGGUCGUCCUCAGGUCCUCAGCCACUGUCCACUCCAUCCAGAUCCUCAAUGGAGGGAGACUGGUGGUCGCUGACACCAGUCGUCCAAUCCUCCUUCGUACUAAACACAUUCUUAUUGGUGAGGGGGGGGAGUUCAUCGUGGGGAGUCCGGACUGUCCCUACAGGGGGAACCUGACCAUCUCCCUGUUUGGAAGGUCUGACGACAGCGACCAGGAACACAGUUACUUCGGCAGGAAGUACAUUGGCGUGGGCACCGGGGGGGCGCUGGAGAUCCAUGGUGCCAACAAACUGUCCUGGACGUUCCUCAACAGGACACUACGACCUGGAGAAGGUGCCGAGAACAACUACCUGUUCCAGAGGAGCUGGGGCAACCGGGGCAUCAUCAUCCACGUCAUCCACCCCAAGACUGGGGAAGUUCUGCACGAUGACCGAUUUGACACGUAUCGCAGCAAAGACGAGAGCCGUCGUCUGGCGCAGUACGUGGAUGGUUUGGAGGCGGGGCUUAUCGUUGCCAUGGUGGUCAAUGAUGAGGGUUCUAAUAACCUGGAGGAUUCAGCGAAGAAGAGUCUGACCCGCCUCGGCAGCCGACACAUCAUCGACCUGGGCUUCAGGCAUCCGUGGACGUUCAUCGCUGUAAAAGGUGAUGCGUCGUCGGUGGUGGAGGAUCAUGCUGUCUAUCAAGGGACCAAGGCGUCAUCUGAGGCCCGAAGCUCUCGGAUUUUUCCAUCGAGUUAUGGAGAACAUUUCACCAUCACCACCAGCAGCCAAUGGGUUCAAGAGUCCGAGUGGACGGAGUGGUUUGACCGAGAUGAUGAACGAGGGUCUGGAGACUGGGAGAAACUAUCAGACCUUCACCAGGCCUUCCCUGACCGGCUCUGCAGCAGCCCACUGGACAUUCAGGCUGAAACCCACGACGGCCGACCAGCCAAUCAGACCGGAGAUGUGAUCCACAAGAACGACAAAGACUAUGGCUUCGUGUGUCUGAACAAAGACCAGCUUCACGGACUCUGUCACAACUACAGAGUCCGAUUCCUCUGUGGGAAACUCGUCCGUCCACAGGCGUCCAUCUCAGUGGACACGUGGUCCAACAGCAGCAUCCUGGACCUGGCUGACCCACCAGAGGGCUGGAGGCCUGGGGACCGGGUGGUGGUGGCCAGUACUGACUAUUCCAUGUACCAGGCGGAGGAGUUCACCCUGCUGCCCUGCCCCACCUGUACAGCCAACCAGGUCAAAGUGGAAGGUAAGGCCCAGUUCGUCCACAUGGGGGAAGAGGUGGACGGUGUGGAUAUGAGGGCUGAGGUGGGUCUGCUGACCCGAAACAUCCUGAUCCGAGGCGAGAUGGAGCCCGGUUGCUAUGGCAAUGAGGCCUGCAAGUUCUUCGACUUUGACACGUUCGGAGGCCACUUGAAGGUGGAACGUGGAUUCAGGGCAGUCCACAUAUCAGGGGUGGAGCUUCUCCACAUGGGUCAGCAGACGAUGGGACACUAUCCCGUCCACUUCCACAUGAACGGAGACGUGGACGAGAGGGGGGGCUAUGACCCCCCCACCUCCGUCAGCCAGCUGUCCAUCCACCAUGCCUUCUCCCGCUGCGUCACCAUCCACGGCUCCAAUGGACUCAUGGUGAAGGACGUGGUGGGCUUCGACACCCUGGGCCACUGCUUCUUCACAGAGGACGGUCCAGAAGAGAGGAACACCUUUGACCACUGUUUGGGUCUGAUGGUCCGAGCCGGGACACUGCUGCCAUCUGACCGAGACAGUAAGAUGUGCCGUGACAUUACUGAGGGGGCGUAUCCAGGGUACGUGGCCAAUCCCCGCCAGGACUGCAGUGCCACUUCGACUUUCUGGAUCGCCAACCCCAAUAACAACCUCAUCAACUGUGCGGCUGCAGGCUCAGAGGAGACUGGGUUCUGGUACAUCUUCCACCACGUCCCCACGGGUCCGUCAGAGGGGCUGUACUCACCUGGACGCACCGAACACACCCCCAUGGGCCAAUUCAUCAAUAACCGCGCACAUUCCAACUACAGAGCUGGAAUGAUCCUGGAUAAUGGGGUGAAGACCACCCAGGCCAACGACAAGGACAAAAGACCCUUCCUGUCUCUGGUUGGAGCCAGGUACGGUCCACACCAGGACGCCGACCCCUUCAAACCCAGAGUCCCCGCCCUCAUCCACCAUUUUGUGGCCUAUAAGAACCAGGAUCACGGAGCGUGGCUUCGAGGAGGCGACGUCUGGCUCGACGACUGCCAAUUUGCUGAUAAUGGCAUCGGCCUGACGCUGGCGAGCGGUGGAACGUUUCCCGAUGAUGACGGUUCUCGCCAACAAGUCAAGAAUUCGCUGUUCGUGGGUGAAAGUGAGAACCGAGGGAUGCCGCUCCCUGAUAAUCCAAUCUGGGGUCCCGGAGGAAGUGACCUCAGUGGCAGGACGUUACCACGGGGCAUUGACUUUCCGAUCCGAGGGAUGCAGAUCUAUGACGGGCCCAUCAAUGUCCAGAACUGCACAUUUCGGAAAUACACCGCCCUGGACGGACGCCACACCAGCGCCUUCGGAUUCAGACUCAACAACUCCUGGCAGAGCUGCCCCAACAACAAUGUCACCGACAUCACCUUUGACCACGUACCGAUCACGUCCCGGGUGUUCUUCGGUGAACCAGGUCCGUGGUUCAAUAAGAUGCAGAUGGACGGAGACAAGACGACCAUCUUCCACGACAUCGACGGCUCUGUCAGUGAGUAUCCCGGCGCGUUCCUGGUCAAAGAAGACAACUGGCUGCUGCGCCAUCCUGACUGCAUCGACGUCCCCGACUGGAAGGCGGCGAUCUGCAGCGGACACUACGCACAGAUCUACAUUCAGACACGUAACCCAGCUAACCUCAACAUGCACAUGGUGAGGGAUGAAUACCCGGACCACCCGCUGACACUAGAAGGUGCUCUGGGGAAGAGGAAGCACUACCAGCAGUUCCAGCCCGUCAUUACCCUGUACAAAGGCUACACGGUCCACUGGGACCAGGUGGCACCGGCCGAGGUCGUCAUCUGGAUCAUCAACUUCAACAGGAAGGACUGGAUCUCUGUGGGCAUCUGUUACCCCCGUGGAACCACCUUCACCAUCAUCUCCGACAUCCACAACCGUCUGACCAAACAGACCCGCAAGACCGGGGUCUACCUGAGGACCGCACAGAGGGACAAGGUCCAGCACUCGCACCAGGCCCGGGGAUACUACUACUGGGAGGAGGACACUGGCCUGUUGUUCCUGAAGGUCAAGGCCCAUAACGACCGGGACCUCUUCGCCUUCUGUUCGGUCAAAGGUUGCGAGCGGGUGAAGAUCACGGCCACCAUCCCAAAAGGAAGUCCGCCCAGUGACUGCCGUAGCCAGGCCUACCCUCGCCACUCCGAGCUGCCAGUGGUGGAUGUACCGAUGCCCAGGAGGCUGCAGAACGUCCAGCAGUCCACAGAUCAUUUCCUGGAGGUCAAGAUGGAGUCGUACAACACCCGCUUCUUCCACAUCAAGGAGGACUUCGCCUUCACUGAGGUGAACGGGAGGAAGAUCUACCAACCGGAGGACGGCAUCCAGCUGACAGUCAUUGAUGGACAUGAUGGGACGCUGGUGGAGAGUAAAGCCUUCAGGAACUCCAUCCUCCAGGGAAUCCCCGUCCAAAUCGAAAACUACGUGGACGAAUUGAGAGACGGGUCCAUCGUCCUCAUGACGUCCAAAGGUCGACUGGUGACCAGAGGAUCAUGGACCAAAGUCCUGGAGAAACUUGGAGCCAAAAAGAGCAUCAAACUGAAAGAUAAACUGGCCUUCGUGGGCUUUAAAGGCUCCUUCCAUCCGGACUGGAUCCACUUGGAGGUGGACUCGGACCGGGCCAAGAUCCACCAGGUCCUGCCCAUCCCCAUAAUCCACAAGAUGAAGCUAUGAGCACCGGUCCGGGUGGGGAGGACACCCAAGAGACUAUGUAGCCCCGAACACUGACACACAACCCCCCCCCCCCCCCACAGCGACACACACAAACACACAAACACGCACACACACACACAGUCGCUCUGAGUCAUUGGUCCAGCGGCGGGCGGGCGUCGAUAGAAGGAAAUGACUCGGUGUGUUGAUGAAGAGGACGCCCCGCCCCCUCCCAGAGCCGGCCCCGCCCACGACCAAGCACAGGAGGAAGACCACCUGUAGAGGACUUUCAGGGGACCGCUCAGCCUCCGGCGGCCAUAUUGGAGGUCCAUGACCACAGGGAACGUGGCUCAGAACUUCAGGAGAACUGACCCCGAAAACCAAAUCUAAACUCAUUUCAUCAGCGAACGUUAAAGGUAAAGAUCAGAUAAAGACUGAGAUGAAACCGCGACCCAGAGCAUAUACACAAGAGCAUUAUGGGAGUUUAAACAUCACACAUUGAAAAGGUUUGAGGGUGAGUCAACUCCUGUCGUUUGUGAAGACGUGGACAGAAGAGUUUUACAGCCAAAAGAUUUGAUCUAAAUGAGGUAAAAGCGUCAUCUGGACCACUGAGGUCUGGACCGGACCAGAAACAUCUGCAAGGCCUUAAAAAACAACCAUGAUGCUAUGUUCUAAUGUCCAUCCUCUGACGUCGCUAUUGGUUGGAUGGACGUCGGUCAACACUUAAAACACUCAGAGAAACCAUUGAUACUAGAGGUCGACUGAUGGUAAAAUCACAGUAUCAGGAGAUGAAGUUAGAGAGGUUUGUCGAGGUCAUCUCUGUGUUUAUGAUGAGCAGACGAGGUCAAAUACAUCAGUCGGGCAUCCAGAUCUUCAUUUGUCGGAUAUCCCAUCAAAUCUGACUCACUUAAGAUAUUAUUUUUUUUCUUAUUAUUUUUUUAUUGAUAACAACUGCGUAAAAUAAUGCAAGUUCUGCAAAAAGAAGUUCACAUAAAGCUCUGUUUAUUUCAGAUAUUCCAACAUUUCAGACUCAAAGACCUUCUGUAUUUAAUCUAAACUUGUAUUAUAAUUGUCAGCAGGGUCUAACUAAACUGCUUUUAUUGUAUACUUGAAACACUGGAAAAAAAAACUCCUGAAAUAUCGCAGUUUUAGCUCAAAGAGGGAAACUUUGCCAAUUAAGUUUCUGGAAGAGUUUUCUUCAUCAAUGAUAACUUUACUUGACGCCAGAAGUUCACAAUCUACUUCCUCUUCACAAUUUUACACUUAACCUCUGUUCUACAUAAAGUUUCUCCUGAUUGGAAAAAAAUAGGAGAUGGAGAAGUAGAUGAUGAUGAUGAUGAGGUUGAAGCAGAUGUUAAUAUUUGUACAACAGUAGCUUGUAAAUAAGUCUUAUCUUUUAUCAAUGUCCUGAAAAUUAAGUGUAAAUUUAUGAUACGUUUUAGGGGAAAUGCACCUUCCGACCAUGAUGCUUAGUGUCCGACAUCCACAGAUAAAGUCAUAAUAACAUCAAACAGGAAAACGCCCAUAUACUGUAUGGUCUGGUAUCAGUCGACCUCUGAUCCGGUUGAUUCUCCAUCCAAUAGCGGCGUCUGUUGAACCACCUCUGGAUGUGGCGUCUGGUCAACCUGCCUCGUAUCUGUUUAUUUGACACGUUCCACCUGUCAGACAUCCAGACUCUGGGAUAUUUCCACGUCACUGAUGGCCACGCCUCCGCCGGACCUCCACCAUGUCGAGCCGUGGCUGCUCGGCGAAGCCUCUAUGCGAGCAAAGGGAGCAAACUGGAAGUGUAAGCCAGCCAAUCAAAAGCAUGCAUUCAGUCCAUGCAUCAGCGCCGUCCUUCCUGUACAGGUUUCUGUGAUUUCUGAUCGAGUCGAGUGGUUUCAUGUCCUGCUUUGUUUGACUGAACUGUUUAAAGACAGAAAAGACGAGGAGAAAAAAAAAACAGUUUUGAUCCAGACCGGCGGCGGUUUCAUUCAGAGCUCACUUGAUAUUGUGAUGUUUUGCUUUUCAUGUUCGUUUCAUGUCGGUGUUUGUGAUCCAUCUCUGUGAGUCUGAACCAGCAGGAAGUCCACGACGACCAAAACGACCAAAACCCACAACGAUCACACAGAACAGCAUGACCACGGAGAGUAAGGUCAAUGUUGAUGAUCUGACUCCAGAGGUCAGUGGGUUUGGAUAUUAGACACCAAGAGAACAUGUAGAGCUCCAAACAGCAAAUGGAUGGGAUUUAUCUGACCAGCACCUCCCACAGAUACUCCACUGUCAACAAAGUGAAUAGAAAUAAACCAAAAAAAUUAACAAAA